UUGGAAGAUAUUGAAGUCGACUUUGAGGUUGAGCCUGUCGAGCGCGCCGGUUCCAUCGGUUUCGGCGUAAGAGAAGUCGUCACCCUCAAAGGGAACAUUUCCGAGGGCGAACGGGUACGGCUACAGCGGGCAUCUCGCUAUUGCCCGGUGGGUCAGGCCCUGACCAAAGGUUCCAUGGUAAUCGAGGACGAAGUGCAGUGGCGGUCCGGCGAGAUCACCGCCAUACCCUCAAGCCUGGGCAACCUGCCCACCCUGGAUGGCACCCUGCCGGUCAUCCAGCCAGGAACGGUCCACGGCAGCUACCUUUUGGAUACCAAGGAGUACGACGAAGAAGGCGUCAUGCAGCACGAGGGUGAGGCCAAAAUUUAUGUGGAAACCCAGAACUUGACCCACACCAGCCGCUGGACUCUUAUGGCAGGCCAUAGUUCCCCGGGGCUGAUUCCCCCUCCCUUCCCUUCUGCCCAGGCCGGCUGGGCGGCUUCUACGGCCACCACUUUGAGCCGCCUGCUGCCCCUGUCCGACAACCUGGACCCCCGGGAUAUUCAGGUAGAAGUGGGCGUGAACAUCUCCGGAGGCCGAGACCAGGCCCAGGGCAGCGCCGCCGACGGCAGGGUGGUCCAUCGCAACGCGGUGCGCCGCAUAGUUGCGCCGGGCAACCCCCGCAGCAUGCCAAUCGAAGCCAUCCAGGCCGCCCUGCAGCGCGACCCCAUAACCAUCGCUUACACCGAGGGUGGCGUUCUGCUGGAUGAGCAGGUGGUGGUUGACUAA